AUGUCCACCGAUAAAGAACUCUACAAGUUGGAGCUCUUGUCUCUUGUUUCUCGUGUAUCUCAAGAGCUCUUCAAUCACACUAAAUUGCAGGACAAGAAACUCGCUGAAUUCGUGAUAGCUAGCAAGACUCCGGAAGCCUUCCAAACCAAGCUUGGCGAGAUAGGUGCCGACUUCCCAGAAUGGUUCGUCAAAAAUCUUGACCGACUCAUCGUUACCAUGCACCCAAAGUAUAAACGCAAGGCAGCCAAGGCCAAAGCUGCCGCCGCUAACGGUAAAUCGUCAAGUAAACCCGCCAUAUUAGAUGAGCAGAAAGCAAUGCAGUCCAGGAAAUUUCCAGGUCUGUCAAUGCCGGAUCAGGAUUGGACAUCGGCAGACAAAUACCUUGAGACUAGACAAACGAAGGAACCGUCAGAAGAGAAACUUCCGGAAUCGUUGACGGUCGACGAUACAUUAGCUCAGCUUUCGGAAGUAGCAUCUAGACGGAACAGACCAUCGGCAGAUGAUUGGAUGGAUGGAGAGCCCUCGUCGAAACGUCCUCGUCAUAUGGAUAAUGGAAGGGAUAAUGGUUAUGGUGGAAGGGUAUCUGAACACCCUCGAGGUCGACCUGGUUUAGAUGAGCGACCAGUGCUUUACAAGAUAUACAAUGGUAGUGUGUCCAACGUUCGUGAUUUUGGAGCGUUCGUAUCUUUAGAAGGUGUUCAGGGAAGGACUGAAGGGUUGAUCCACGUUUCCGCCAUCACCAGUGGCCGUGUCACUUCGGCUAGUGAAUUCCUCAAGCGUGGACAAAGAGUCAAGGUCAAAGUGAUGUCCAUAGCUGGAACUAAGAUAGGAUUGAGCAUGAGAGAUGUUGAUCAAAAUACGGGUGCCGACUUAUCCCCUCACCUUCGGGUCAAGACCGCUCAAGAAAUCGCAGAAGAAGAGCGUCGUGCAGCUACGAAGAACCUCACGGGCAGCAACUCCACUCCGCUGAUUCACGUCGAUGAACGAAAGGGAUCGAGUGCGAAACGUCUAUCUUCCCCUGAACGUUUCGAGAUCAAACAACUCAUCGCCAGUGGUGUAGUAGAUGCUGCGGACUAUCCAGACCUUGAUGAAGACCUCAACCCAUCUGCCUCGAAUCCCGAGAUUGAAGAAGAUAUCGACAUAGAAGUUAACGAAGUCGAACCUACCUUCCUUUCUGGUCAAACGAAAGUCACCCUAGAGCUCUCACCCGUCAAGAUCAUCAAAGCACCUGAUGGAUCGAUGAACCGAGCGGCUCUGGCGGGAGCAUCUCUAGCCAAAGAACGACGUGACCUCAAACGUUUAGAAGCGAAUGAGGAGGCAGAUUCGGAAUCCAGAGAAAUCAAUCAACCUUGGUUGGAUCCUAUGGCCAAUCAAAACGAACGACAGUUCGCUUCGGACAUCAAGGGCAACCUUCUCGGUCAAAAAGCUGCUCAAUUGCCCGCUUGGAAAGCCGCCAACAAGGUCGUCUCCUACGGAAAGAUCACAUCACUCAGUAUACAAGAACAACGAAAGAGUCUUCCGAUAUAUAAGUUGCGAGAUCAACUGGUCCAAGCUAAUCAAAUCUUAGUCGUCGUCGGUGAUACCGGAUCCGGAAAAACAACACAAAUGGCACAGUAUCUUGCUGAAGAAGGCUUUUUAGAGCAUGGUCGUCUUGGUUGUACUCAGCCUCGUAAAGUUGCUGCGGUUUCCGUCGCGAAGCGUGUGUCAGAGGAAGUCGGAUGUAGGCUCGGUGCCGAAGUCGGAUACACUAUCCGUUUUGAGGACAUGACCAGUCCUGAGACUAAGAUCAAGUAUAUGACCGAUGGUAUGCUGCUCCGAGAACUUUUAGUGGAUCCCGAUUGUUCCAAAUACUCUGUUUUGAUGUUGGACGAAGCACACGAGAGGACUAUCGCCACCGACGUCCUCUUCGGUCUGCUCAAGAAAGCUUGUAAACGUCGACCUGAUCUCAAACUGAUCUGUACAUCCGCUACACUGGAUGCUGCCAAAUUCGCUACGUAUUUCUGGGGCUGUCCGAUUUUUACCAUUCCCGGUCGUACUUUCCCAGUCGAAACUCUUUACACAAAAGAACCCGAACCCGAUUAUCUCGAAGCAUCACUCAUCACUAUAUUACAGAUCCAUCUCAUGGAGCCUGCAGGGGACAUACUGUUGUUCCUUACGGGUCAAGAGGAGAUCGACACAGCAUGCGAAGUGUUGUAUGAACGAGUGAAAGCGCUUGGUCCUCAAGUACCGGAGCUCAUCAUUCUUCCCGUUUAUGCCGCCCUUCCAUCCGAGAUGCAAUCUCGUAUAUUCGAACCUCCCCCUCCUGGCGCGCGUAAAGUUGUCAUCGCCACCAACAUCGCCGAGACAAGUAUCACAAUCGACGGAAUAUACUAUGUCAUAGAUCCCGGAUUCGCCAAGCAGAACGCUUAUGACCCUAAGCUGGGUAUGGACUCGUUGAUUCCAAUCUCCCAAGCUCAAGCUCGACAAAGAUCCGGUCGUGCUGGUCGUACAGGUCCCGGUAAAUGCUAUAGACUAUACACCGAAAUCGCUUACCGAAACGAGAUGCUUCCCAAUCCUAUCCCCGAAAUUCAACGUACCAACUUGGCAUCCACAAUUCUUACUCUCAAAGCUAUGGGAAUCAACGAUCUUAUCAACUUCGAUUUUAUGGAUCCUCCUCCAGCUGCCACUAUGUUGACCGCUCUUGAACAACUCUAUGCGCUAGGAGCUCUCGAUGAUGAAGGGCUUCUUACCCGAAUCGGUAGAAAGAUGGCGGAUUUCCCGCUUGAUCCUCCCUUGUCCAAAAUGCUUAUCAAGUCUGUCGACUAUGGAUGUUCUGAAGAAGCUCUUACCAUCGUAGCGAUGCUUCAAGCCGGUGGACAAGUGUAUUAUCGACCCAAAGACAAACAAGCUCAAGCCGAUGCUAAGAAAGCCAAAUUCCAUCAGCCCGAAGGAGAUUUGCUCACUCUUCUCGCGGUUUACAAUGGAUGGAAGGCUUCCAAGUUCAGUAACCCUUGGUGCUUUGAGAAUUUCAUCCAAACCAGAGCGAUGAAGACCGCUCAGGAUGUCAGGAAACAAUUGAUCGGUAUCAUGGAUCGAUACAAGCAUGAUCUAGUCUCCUGCGGUACCAACUAUAAUCGUGUCAGAAUGGCCAUUUGUUCUGGGUUCUUCCGUAAUGCAGCCAAGAAAGAUCCUACGGAAGGUUACAAAACGUUGGUGGAGGGAACUCCUGUCAGCAUACAUCCUUCCAGUGCCUUGUUUCAGCGGCCACCAGAAUGGUGUGUGUAUUACGAAUUGGUGCUCACUGCGAAGGAAUACAUGCAUCAAGUCACAGUGAUUGAACCGAAAUGGUUGUCUGAGGUGGCUCCUACCUUCUUCCGAGUUGCUGAUCAGAACAAGAUCAGUAAAAGGAAAGCAUCUGAGAAAAUUGAGCCGCUGUUCGACAGGUUUGCUACCAACAAGGACGAUUGGCGACUCAGCAAACAGAAGAGGGCUACUCGAUCAUCCCAAACAUUUGGUUAA